AAUAAUGGGGCUGUCGCCUGUUGAGUUCCCACAAUAACAAACAAUGCUAAACAAUUUGAAUUUGAGUUUGUGAGUUUUAGGAUCGAGUCGCGACCCACCGGUUGGGAACAGCUGCACUAGAUAUCAGCAGUCGUGCGCAGCGUCGUGGAUGGUCGGUUGUGGUACAUUACCUUUUGGCAGUAUGCCUCGUUUCAAGUCACCAAAAAGUUUGUUGAAGAUGUCACUGAAACUGGUGGAUGAUCUGAUCAUUCGAGCUGCUGCUGCCAUUCAGGAUCUUCACGGUUCCUACGACAACACAGAGUGCAAGGCUUGCAUCGAAGAGUUCCAGCAGCACCUCUUGUCCUACAUUCCGUCCGUGGUGUUGGAGCAAGUGUUCAACAGGUGCGAGCAGCAGAGAUGCUGCAACUCGGACAACAGGAUCUGGUUCGCCAUCUUCAUGCACAGGAACAUGAAGGAGUUCAAGGUGCUGGUGAGUCCCCGCGAGAACAAAGCCGACGACUCGUUCUGGAUCAGGAACUUGUCCUACCUCAGCAACCUCGUCGAACUGAACCUCCGUCUCGUGUGCACCGACGAAAUACUUGAAGUUGUCGGCGGUUGUUGCCAGAAGCUGACCAAAAUAUACAUAGCGUCGAAGGUGGAGAAGGACACGACUAGCACGUCGCUGACGUUCCCUUUCAACGCGAUGAAGCUGAACUUGUUUGUCUCCGACGAGGGCUUGAGGCACAUCUCGAGGUGCAAGAGUCUGAGGGUCGUGACGAUGAGCCCUUUGAUCCGCAGCCACGGGGGCGGGCGGACCAUGUCGGUGGCCGGGAUCAGGCAGCUCGUCAGGAGCCUGCCGUGCAUCCAGUACGUGUCGUACAGCGACAUGGGGGUCGUGAUCUCGGAGGAGAUGGACGACGUGGACAGCCUGCCGCUCGUCCGCGUGGACGACAGCCACCCGCAGGCGAGGCACAUCCGGGCGAUGUCGCGUCUGUGCCCGAGGCUGCGCUCGCUGGUCCUGACGGCCGCCUUCAACCGGACCAACACCGUCGACGUCAUGGACGCACUGCGCGGGAGCGACCUGGAGGUCAGCGACCUCGAGCUGGUCAACUUCCCCGCGUGCGAUUCCUUGCUGUGCUUGGUCAGGGCGAAAGGCGUGUUUCUGACCAGGCUCUGCUUGAAAAUCUGCAACAUCACGUUUGACCUGUUGUCGAACAUCGGGCAGUCGUGCGUGAAUCUCCAGCACCUGACGCUGAGGGAGAACUUGCGCCAGAGUGACACCCCGCUGGUGGACGUUCCGACGAGGGGACGCGGUGGGUUUAGGUGCAUGUUCGUUCACCUCGAGUGUUUGCAAGUGUACGGAAUGCAGUGGAACCCGCUGACGUUGCUGCCGAUACUGCUGACUCAUGCCAAACGCUUGCAAAGCCUCUCUUUCCUGUGCCACAAGGACUACGGCUAUUUGGACCGAAUGUUCUUGCAGAUAUUGGAGGCGAACCCGAUGCCGGAGCUUCUCUGCGUUUUCAUCGACUGCAUCAUGGGGUCCGACGGCAUUCGAGCGAUAUGUCGCUGCCCAAAGUUGAGGUUCUUCAAGUACGUUGUUCACGUGUGCUUUGUGCUGAACUGUAUUGCGGAAAUAAAGAAAGAAUUCUCAAAUAGGAACGUGGACUUAAAAUUUGUUGAAAUAAUGGCUGGAGAAAGAUAUCCCGUGGAAUUAGAAUAAAUAUAAUUCUAAAAAUACAUAUGCUAUUUUACGAUAGCUUUUUCAGGAAUUUAAUUGUUAAUGCUCUACCAUUUUUCAGCGAUUUACUGUACUAGCAUCUUUCUUGCGGGGGAAAUGUGAAGUAAUUUGUAAAUGUUAAUGCAUGUUAAGCUUGGCUUAACUUUUUUUAUUCUGUUCUGUGCUCAGAAAAUUGCAUAAUUUCCUGCUCAAAAUGUGCUGUGUUUUAAUAAAAUAUUAAUGUGCUGAAAGUAUUUCAGUUUUCAAGUGUUGUGAGUCUUUAAAGCAGAAAUAUUUUUUGCUGAGAUAUAUUGGCUCGUUUUAUUGUUCAUAACAAGAAAUCUUGACUGCAUUAUUGUGUAGGUCAUGAAAUUUUGUGGAACUAUGAAGUGUAUGUGAUUACAUUUUCAUUAAACAUAUGUAUGUCAAAAGAAACGUACAUCUUUA